AUGCUACCUCUAUCCCCAUCAACAGUAUUAUCCUCCUCCUUGGAUACAAAGGACGCCGAGUCGGCGAAGACUAUCGGUAGUCCCGAGUCACUCUCACCGGACGAGGUAGCGAGGGACUGUGAUUCGCACCUGCCAUUCGAAAUUCCGGGUGCUAUGGUGUUAUCUAACCCCUCCAUUUCUGUUAUUCGACAGGCUGCGGACGAUAUCUAUCGUCAAAUCAACUCCGAUAUAUCUUACUCGAACCAGUUUAUUAUCGUGUCAAAUCUAUCCCAGCCUCUACAGGAGCUCUUAGGUCGAGAUCGAGAUCGAAAUCCUCUUGAGGUUUCCUACAGAUUAACCCUCGAUACACGGUAUCAGCAAGCGCUUAUUCGAAUAAUACCCUCAAAAGCUCAUGAGCGCGUAACGCAGUCAUUUUUAAACGAACUUAUCCUGAAAUUAUUCGAAAUGGGAAUUCGUCCAAGAGACUAUACAAUGAACGCGGCCUCCCGGUACCACGGAAAAUCAUGCGAUAAAGAAGCCGACCAGUCUCUCACUCCGUCAGGGAAUCCUCCUGACGAUGACGACUGGCCUUCGCUCGUUCUUGAAACUGGUCUCUCUGAGUCAGAAGCACAACUACGAGCCGACGCAUAUUGGUGGUUCUCAAAUUCCGACUACAAAGUCAACAUGGUUAUACUCUUUCAUAUCCAAAGAUCCCCCGAGCGUAGAGUUAUCUUGAAACUCUACAACCUCAGAUCCGCCAACCCUAGAGUCACCCGUGGACUACAGGCAGAGGUCGGGCGUACCCUGCUCUCUGAUCUUGCCUUAUCUCAAAUAGUUCAAACAGUCUCCCCGACAGUGUUACGACCUCACUUAGUGGCCAAAGAGAUCAUCGUCACCUUCGGCAAUGUUGAGAAUGCUCCACUGGAGCUAGAAUUCGAAUCUUUGAUGCGCCGCCCACCAGCCCCUAACACAAGUGAAGGAAAUAUUAUAUUCACAGCUGAGGAUCUUGCCCUGUGUUGUCGCUACGCGUUUCCAAUACCUUGA